AUGCACAUCAACAUUCCAUUUGCGGAGGCCUUAGAGAAAAUGCCCAGUUAUGUAAAAUUCAUGAAAUACAUUUUGUCUAAGAAGAGAAAGAUGGGAGAAUACGAAACUGUGGCAUUAACUGAAGAAUGCAGCACCAUUCUGCAAAGGAGACUCCCUCAGAAGCUAGGAGAUCCUGGGAGUUUUACCAUACCAUGCACUAUUGGGAAUUUUGAGAGUAUGAAUGCUUUAUGUGAUUUGGGGGUGAGCAUUAAUCUGAUGCCGCUUUCUGCUUGUAGAAGAUUGAAGUUGGGAGAAGCAAGGCCUGCCACAGUGACUUUACAACUGGCAGACAGAUCAUUACCACAUCCUCGAGGUAUUAUAGAAGACGUCCUUGUAAAAGUGGAAAAGUUCAUCUUCCCAGCAGACUUUAUUAUACUUGAUAUGGAGGAGGAAGCCAACGUCCCAAUCAUCCUUGGAAGACCAUUUUUGGCAAUAGGGAAAACUUUGAUUGAUGUGCAGAAGGGUGAGUUAAGGCUGAGAGUGCAAGGUGAAGAAGUUGUUUUUAAUGUACUCAAAGCUAUGACUUAUCUCGGGGCCAGUGAUGGUUGUUUCGAAGUUGAUGUGGUGGAGAGUUUAGUAGAGACAAAGAAGAUAGUAGAAGACCCUCGUGAGUUGAGUUUGGUAGAAGAGGAAGGGACUGAACAAGAUGGGAAGGCGACCAUAGAGUACGCGAAGUGGUUGAAUUCUUAUGGGCCUCUGAAGAGGAAAUACUUUGAAGAGCUUGGUUCAGUGCCUGAGAGACCAUUACCUUCAGUGGAGAAGCCACCAGAGUUGGAGUUGAAGGUUUUACCUGAUCACUUGCGGUAUGAGUUUCUUGGUGAGAAUAAAACACUUCCUGUUAUUGUAUCUGCUUUGCUAUCUGAGAUUGAAGUAGAGAAGUUAUUGAAGGUGUUGCGUAUGUACAAGAGAGACAUUGGGUGGACUUUGGUUGAUAUAAAGGGAAUCAGCCCCUCGACAGUUAUAACGACCCAAAAUUACUAA